CGCCAAUAGCAAUUCAGGGCUGUCACUUGCGGCGGCGGCUGACGGCAGGCGAUUGCGAGCUUCCUCGGCCGCGGGGAGAAGGAAGCGACGACUGCGCCCCGGUCAGCUUGAUUAGACAAUAUGGUUACCCCUCCACCAGCUAGGGUGCCUGCAAUCACCAAGUUUCUGAAGCCCUAUAUUCUAAAGAUGAAUUUCACAAAUAAUUUUGUGAGUGCUCAGGUCAUCCACACCCCAUCGGCCACAGUCACAUGCUCCGCAAGCUCGCAGGAGAAACUCCUGAGGUCAAGCAUGGAGUCAACGCGGGAUGUUGCUGCGGCAGCAAAGAUUGGAAAGCUGCUCGGUGAGCGCUUGCUGUUUAAGGGUAUCCCUGCAGUAUCUGUCUCCAUGUCAAGAGACCAGAAGUACCAUGGCAAGGUCAAGGCCGUGAUAGACUCUCUUAGAGAUGCCGGUGUGAAAUUGCUGUGAGGAAAACUGAAUGCUGCCAAGCUAAACUGCCAUGUGACAGUGUUUUGAAUCUGAGAUUUCAGUUUCGUUGUUACAAACUGUUCUUCUUGAUACUGCUACUGCUAUAAAGUUGAACUCUCAGGCCGCAUAAUGCAACACGGACCGUAAAAUUACUGUGUUGGGAUUUUUAGGUGUCGCCUCUCCUAUGUGUACAAAACUGAAGGUGUAUUAACCUGCUCAAUACAGCACUCAUAACAUGUAUUUUGUUCU